CGUGAACAAAGAUGUUACGAAUUGGGUGGAAACACCAUACAGCUUCUUUCUUACAUUAAUAUUCUUUUAUGCAGAAAAUGGGAUAUGCUCAAAGACUCAAGACGAAACUCAAAGGUCAAAAUGGAGAUAAGGUACUGGAAUCCGGUAUUAACAAAGCAGCUCCCACGCAGAGGCGCGAGAGCGAACGCGAAUCAAAGGCUGUGAAUGGAUUAAAUAUCAUUGAGAUUCCAAAACCCAAAGGUCUCCCGGUAAUCGGAAUCCUGCACAAAAUCGACUUUGAAUAUCCACUGGCGUCUCUGAUUGAGAUAAUUGAGCCGCUGGGACCGAUAUGCCAAUUCGCGAUUGGAGGCGAAUUAUUCAUAUUUGUACAAAGCGCCGAGCUUGUAACCGAACUCUGCGAUGAAUCAAGAUUUCACAAAAUUGUAGCAGCCGAAUUGGACAAGCUGCGCUACGUCGUUCACGAUGGGCUGUUCACUGCGAGGAACGAUGAGCGCAAUUGGGCAAUCGCCCAUCGGAUUUUGAUGCCUGUUUUCGGGACGAUCAAGAUUCGUGACAUGUUUCCAGAGAUGAAAGAUCUUGCUCAACAGCUGUGUCUUAAAUGGGCUCGCUACGGCGAAGAUUAUGUUAUUGAUGUUACCUCAGACUUCACUCGUCUUGCCCUCGACACGAUCGGCCUAUGUGCAAUGGGGUACAGAUUUAACAGUUUCCAUAACGAAGUGAUGAUACAUCCGUUCGUCCAUAGCAUGGUGAGGAUAUUGAAAGAGUCCAGCACCCAAGCAUCCUUACCGCAGUUCGUCAACUCUCUCCGAAAGAGAUCGUGGCACCGAUAUGAGAAAGACACAUCCUACAUGAGAGAACUGUGCCGAAAGAUUAUUCAGGAACGAAAACAACAGAAGGGAUCGGAAUUCCACGAUCUGCUGGGCGCGCUUCUGGAAGGCCGCGACCGCGACACCGGCGAAGGUUUAUCCGACGACUCCAUUAUAGACAAUAUGAUCACAUUUCUCAUCGCCGGCCAUGAAACUACAGCUGGACUCCUAUCGUUCACUUUCUACUACUUUAUGAAAAAUCCUCGGGCAAUGGAAAAGGCACGCCAGGAAGUUGACGAAGUAAGCGGAGGCGAGCCAAUCACAGUACAGCACCUUUCCAAGUUGGCAUAUCUCAACGCAGCUCUUAAAGAGAGUUUGCGUCUUCAGCCUACGGCACCUGGUUUUAUUUUGGGUUCAGACAAAGAUGAGAUAAUUGGCGGCAAGUAUUUGAUCCCCGCUAAUGUCUCCGUUAUCGUCCUACUCUCCCUGCUUCAUCAAGAGAAGGCCAUUUACGGCGAAGAUGCCUCUGAGUUUAAGCCAGAACGAAUGCUAGAUGAAAAUUUCAAUAAGCUACCGCCCAAUGCUUGGAAGCCAUUUGGCAACGGGAUGAGAGGAUGCAUUGGGAGAGCAUUUGCAACUCAGGAAGCGCUUCUCAUUAUUGCGAUGCUGCUCCAAAACUUCGUAUUUGAGAUGGCGGACCCGACGUACGAGCUCCAGAUUCGAGAGACUUUAACGAUCAAACCCGAAAAUUUCAAACUCAAGGCGAAGCUCAGGCGUGGGGGAAACGCAACAGAUUUUCAGUCUGAGCUGCAGUCAUCAGGUACAAAAACAAAAGGCGUCAGGACCGACUCAGCGGUGUCAAUAACUUCGGCACAGGCUGACAAGAAAGAUAAAAAACCCCUGACGAUUCUCUUCGGAUCAAACAGCGGUACUUGUGAAGCAUUGGCAUACAGAUUGGCAUCGGACGCUGCUCUUCAUGGAUUCUACGCAAGGACGAUUGCACCAAUGAACGCAGCCUGCAACAACCUCCCGAAAUCCGAGCCCAUGAUAAUCCUUGCUGCUUCUUAUGAUGGCUCGCCCUCGGACAACGCUGUGGAAUUCUUCGAAUGGCUAAACAAAGUAGAGCCAGACUCCUUGAAAGGGGUUUCGUACACAGUUUUUGGCUGUGGCCACCGCGACUGGGUGGCAACGUUCCAGCGGAUUCCCAUCCUAAUUGAUGAUCUCCUCGAAAAGGCUGGAGCUGACAGAUUCGCUGAUAGGGGUCUCGCAGAUGCAGCAGUGAUGGAUAUCUUUGUGGAGCUGGAAAAAUGGACCACUGGUGUCGUGUGGCCGGCAAUUUCGCAGGCUGAAGGAGGAGGCGAUGAUGGGGAAAGUCGAUUGAUCAACUCGCUGCUCAAGGUCGAAGUCUCUCAGCCGCGGCAAUUGAGACAGUAUUCCCAGUUGGUACAGGCGACAGUGACAGAGUCACGGAGCCUAACGACAGAAUCUGCAAUUGGGAAGAAGAUGCACUUGGGCAUUCAGCUGCCUCCAGGAGCGUCAUAUCAUCCUGGUGACCACCUUCUUGUUCUCCCUGCAAAUCCACCGCGAGACGUUAAGAGAGUUCUAUCGCGUUUCCAUUUGGCUUGGGAUACUGUCGUGCGAGCUUCAGGUGACGAAUCUGUUCAUAUACCGGUUGAAACGUCGAUGACAGCGCAUGAGCUGCUGAGUUCAUACUUUGAGCUGUCCCAACCAGCAACACCAAGAGAUAUUCGAGUCCUUGCAGCUGCCGCUACUGAACAGAAGACAAAGCACCUCUUGAGCAGUUUGGCUACAGCGUCCUACGCGGAGGGCAUUCAUGAGAACAGAGUUUCCCUGCUUGACUUGCUAGAGGAAUUCCCAGAUAUCCCCCUCGCAUUUAGAACUUUUGUAGCCCUUUUGCCACCACUGCGCCUACGUACAUACUCUAUUUCGUCGUCGCCAUCUUGGGAGCCGAAUCAUGCCAGCUUGACGUUUUCGGUAUUGGACGAGCCGCCGACUCCGCCCAGAUCUAAAAGCUUUCUUGGUGUGGCUUCCAACUAUCUUGCCAACUCAACCCCAGGAGACUUGAUCCACGUAGCUACUCGCCCAGUCAAGAGCAUUUUCCAGAUGCCCACCGAUUUGUCUAAAGUACCAGUUGUCAUGGUUGCCGCGGGGGCAGGUCUUGCGCCAUUUAUGGGAUUUGUCCAAGAACGAGCUUCCCAGCAACGGAAUGGAACCGAGCUCGCGCCCGCCGCUCUCUUUUUCGGAUGCCGAUCAUCGCAUGACGAUUUGUAUCACCAUGAGCUCGACUGUUUUGAAGAAUCUGGAGCAAUUCAGGUUUUCCGUGCCUACAGUAGAGAAGACGCUGGCUCCAAGCCAAACAUUAGGAAAGGAUACAUCCAGGAUGCUUUGUUGGCGGAGAAGCAGGCAUUCCUUCGGCUGUGGAAUGACGGAGCAAAGGUUUACGUCUGCGGAGGAGUGAGAAUGGCUUCUGGAGUGAAAGAAGCUGUGAUGAAACUUGUGUAUAUGGCUGAGCACGAUGCUGCCUCGAAGAGUUUCACGCCGCAGGAGUGGUUCAAGCGGUUUGAGAAGACGCGCUACGCUGCAGAGAUUUUUACUUAGCCAUUGUGUGACUUUUUUUUUUUCUUUUUCUCUCUCUAUCGUAUUGGGAGCUAUGAUAAGUUGAUAUGUCAGUCCAGUCCUUUUUAUCUGCGUACUGUUUGAUGGCUUCAGUGUUGUCGCUGCAUUUAGUGGCUCCGCUGCAACCGGGCUGCCUUUUCCAAACAACCAGCAAUCUUGAACCAUUUAAGAGCAUAAAUGAUGAAGCAUAACCAGAAUUAUAGCCAAAAGACAUAAAUACAUAAGAGAAUCACC